CCCCCCAAAACAAAACCUUUAAAUCCCUUAAAAAACCUUUUCUGCUCUUUUCAAUUUUCACUUCACUCAGAAAACCCUAGAAAAUAGAAAUAAAGAAAAUCAGUGGAAUAGUUCUUCUCCGAUCUCAUUAGAUUUUCUACGUAUUAGAGCUUCCAUCCUCAAUUCUCCGGAUUACCGAAAAUCCCACAGACAAUAAGAACUAAGAAAGAAAUUCAGGUAUGGGAUUGAUUAGGAGCUGUUUUUCAUUCAUGGUGGGUACGGUUUUUGGGGUAUAUUUAGCCCAAAACUACAACGUCCCCAAUGUUCAGAAGCUCUGCAAUACCGGUUUGGUAAUUGCCAAGCACAUUGAAGAAAAUUAUCGCAAGCCCAAGAACCGAGACAGUGAUGAGUAGUUGGCCGGCUUUUCUGGAGUUAUUUUGAGUCCACCAGGUGUUUGAUUUGAGUUUGCUUUUUGGUUCAGGGGAUAACUUUUGGGAGGAUAUUUUUGGGUAUAGGGAGAAAGGUGUUUUGAAGGUCUGGGGUUUAUGAAAUUUAGUGGAAGGAUUAGGAAUUUAGUUAUAGUUGUUGGGAGAGGGAGAUAAGAGAAUUUUGGAAAUCCAGCAUAUUUUGUUUAUGAAAUGGAAGUAUGAAAAUUUCAUUA